GUCAACUAAACUUGCUCUUUACGUGCUUCUGGUAGUCAUAAUGACAUUUCACUUCCCCAUUUCACACAGGUUUCUCUUUCAUUUUUCAGCCAUGGCUUGARCUGCAUUGUCUGGGGAAAAUGUAACAACAAAAGCAGGAAUUCUUUUUCUUCACAAAAUUUAGUGUGAUGAUAACUGAUGGUGCUGCAGUAGAAAUACCUAAGAUUGCAGAGAAUUUGAUAAACAACAGAACUUUCCCUGAAGACAUGUGACGGACGAUGACUGUGCUGGAUUUUGUUCCUCUUUCCCCAAAACGAAGUUUUAUACCAUCGAAUACUGAGCAAAAAAAAGUAACUAUGUUUGGACUCCUCUUUUUCAUUUUAUUCACCCCUGGAGUCAGUGAAUUUCUUUGUUCAUCAUCAGAUCUUGAAAUGUCAUAUACUUUUUGUGAUUCUAUAGGUCAUGCUUUCAUGUUUAAUCUGACACCAUGCACUCUAAGGAACAAACCUGUCUGGAAAGCUGGUCUUACCUGGAUUCCAAGAAGUGACAUCCCUUUUUUGAAGAUUGUCUUCCAUGUCUGGUAUGAUGGUGCCAGAGCAUUCCACUGGCAAGAACUCCUCUGCAGCGGAGCUGACGAUGAAUACUCCGUGUGCGGAAUGCUGAAAGGAGAAACACUGGUAUCWGAAUUUGACAUUAAAGGUUCAAGAAUAAAGUUUCCAAAGGGCAAUUAUAGUAUUAUUGUGCAAGGAUUCUCUGAUGAUUCUGAGAAUAAUACGAUCCUAUGCUUGAAUUUCACCAUGACAGUAAAACAAGAUCCUUUCUGAGUACAACAAAUGUCUCAAAUAAUUCCRGAACAUGGAGGUCACUUCUGUGAACAACUGGAAUCCAAGCUAAAAAGUAAUAAGCACACUCUAUUUUCUGAGGUAGAAUGCAUCAUGUGCUGUCUGGAAAGCUAAAUGAUGUAUAGCCUUACUCAUYUGUAGCACAGCCAUAAUCAGUCGCUCCGCCAACGUGCACAAAAUCUCUGGGAACCAGGCUUCUUGAUUAAUCCACAGAAUAAACCUGACUGGAUGUCAGGCUGGUACUGGUGCUGUGCCUUGAGUUACAAUAAAGUUGAGUCCUUCAGACUGAGCUAAAAUGUAAUCAAGAAGUUUUGAAGUGCAAGAAUCAGAAGUUAAUCAGUACUCAAUUUAAAAUAACACAGCAAUUGAAUUUUGGAACCUUGCUGUGAGGUGGUGGGGGUUUUUUGUUAGCUUUUUUCUUCUUCUUUUCUUUUACCAAUAAAACUUGUUUGUACAAUCAGUUUAAGACA